CUUUGGAGCCUGUCCUGGAUCUCACUUUGUAGUGAGGCUGGCCCGAACUCACAGAGAUUCGCCUGGCUGGGAGUAAAGGUGUGCGCCACCACCGCCUGGCUGCUUCUUCUUUUUAAAAUUUACUUCAUGUGUAUGAGUGUAUUCCUUGUAUCUAUGUGUGUGUACCGCAUAGUGCUUGAUACCCUCGGAGACCGGAAGAGGGCAUCUAUGAGCUGCCAUGUGGGCGCUGGGAACUGAACGGGGGUCCUCUGGAAGAGCAGUAAGUAACCCCCGGGCCAUCUUUCUAGUCCCAAGCUUCUAAUUUGUUUGUUUGUUGUUGUUGUUUUUGGGUUUUUUGUUUUGGUUUGGUUUUUGGUUCAGGCACCUAGUUCUCAGUAUCUCAACUGAAAACAUUUAGAACAUUCUCAUCCCUGAGCGUGGUAGCAGAUACUGUGAGCCCACUAUUUGGGGAGAUGGGGGCAGGGAGAGCAGGGGCUCAAGGGCACCCUCAGCUAUGGCCGCAUAAGACCAGCUUGGCUACAUCAGACUGUGUCUCCAAAAUAAAUAAAUACUAAUAAAUUUUAAACCGAAGCACUCUCCUCCCCUAAAUUUCGAGCCACUGUAUCAGGCCUGGGGUGCUAACACAAGAGACAGCUAACACCCAAGAGCCCAUCAGGGAGGAGCGGACUUGACUUGCAUUACGGAGAAAUGGUCUUCUGUGUUGGGGAUUGGAUGUAGUCUGAUGAGUCUGCUUUUUCCCCACUCUUUCCAUCUCUUAGGGUCUAAGGAAACUCUCGGGACUAUGGUGAUUCUCACAGAGGAUCUUGAGAUUUCUGCAUUCUGAUCAAUGUCAAAUGCCACUGGAUUUGUUCUGAGACUCUUGCCAUAGAGGAUGGCAAAAGGCCUCCUGGUGACCUAUACCCUUUGGGCUUUCGGGGGUCCUGUCGGACUCCACCACCUGUAUCUGGGAAGGGACAGCCAUGCCCUGCUCUGGAUGCUUACCCUGGGAGGUGGUGGGUUGGGCUGGCUCUGGGAGUUCUGGAAACUCCCAAGCUUUGUUGCUCAAGCCAACAGAGCCCAGGGUCGGAAACAGAGGCCAGGAGAGGGGAGACCACCUCUGAGUCUCCUUCGCUUUGUUGCCCAGAUGAUAGUGGGUAUCUAUUUUGGUCUCGUGGCUCUGAUUAGCCUUUCUUCCAUGGCCAACUUCUACAUUGUGGGCCUUCCGUUGGCAGUUGGCUUGGGGGUCUUGCUAGUGGCUGCUGUUGGCAACGAAACGUCAGACUUUAAGAACACUUUAGGAGCAGCUUUCCUCACUUCCCCUGUGUUCUAUGGCCGCCCCAUAGCCAUCCUGCCCAUCAGUCUGGCUGCCAGCGUCACAGCCCAGAAGCAUCGCCGAUACAAAGCUUCCUCGGAGUCAGAGACCAUUAGCGUGCGGCUCUACCGUCUGGGCUUGGCUUACCUCGCCUUCACAGGCCCACUGGCAUAUAGUGUCCUGUGCAACACAGCUGCCACCCUUAGCUACGUGGCAGAAACCCUUGGUUCCUUCUUGAGUUGGUUCAGCUUUUUCCCGCUUCUUGGCCGCCUCAUGGAGUCUGUCUUCCUUCUGCCUUGCCGGAUCUGGUGGCUACUGGUUGGGGAUCCUGGCUUCAACAGCAGACAGUUCCAGGAGUGGGAAAGGCUCUAUGAAUUUGUUGACAGUUUUCAGGAUGAGAAACGUCAGCUGGCUUACCAGGUUUUGGGCCUUCCAGAAGGGGCAACCAAUGAAGAAAUACAUCGGAGUUACCGCGACCUGGUGAAGGUCUGGCACCCGGACCACAACCGGCACCAGACAGAAGAGGCCCAGAGGCACUUCCUGGAGAUCCAGGCUGCGUAUGAAGUCUUAAGUCAGCCCAGGAAACCCAGAGCAUCCUGGAGGUGAAAAGCAACAUCGAGGUUGGACUCACUCUCGGCAGAGCUGGGCAGCAUAUUCACACCCUCGCAUCCCAAAAGUGUUAGCGAGGCUGCUUGCAGCGGAGACGAAAACUUUAAAGGGACGAGAAAGUUUAUGGUAGAGAAUGUAUUUAUGUUCUGAAUUUCUAAGUUCUUGGCUACGGUAUUCUUGACUCUAUUUUCUUAAACCAUAUAGUGAAAGGUAAAUUAUAAAAUCAAUAAAAUAUCUUUCAAAGAAUAACCCACCGUAUUCUAUCGCAGUACAUUGAUGUACGAUGGAGGAAGGUUAUUUUAAUGUUUAUAAAUGUGUAAAGCACUGGGUUGGGAGACUGAAAAAUAUGAAGAUUCUAAUAUUUCAAAUACUGUCAUAUGACAAAAGGGAUUCCAAGAGGUAAGACAGAGUUUAGAGAUGUCAAAGUCCCAGAAAAAAUGUUUUUAUUCCAUUUAUACUUUCCUGUUUUAUACUUUUCCCAAAAGGAACAAGUUGCUGUGGCAUGGGCGAAUCGCUUCUAAUUGGAACAGUGUUGUAGAGUCCCUCAUGGGUUUUGAACGGGCAGAAUUCUCAGGUCUGUUCAGGACUUGAAGUCUGAUUGUGAGCAUCAUGCCUCUCUCUCAGGAGCAUCUAUUCCCAGAGGGGAUCAUAACAUGGGUAUAGAAAUAUCAAAGUCUGCCCUGUUCUCUGCUUUGAACUAAAUGUCAUAGGACUAUAAAUGAUGUAUUAGGGUAUUGGAAGAGGAGCAGAUAAUGUUAUUUUAUGGGGAUCUGUAGACCAGGCUGGCCUGGAAUUCACAGAGAUAAACCUGCCUCUGCCUCUGGUCCUGGGAAUAAAGGCCUGUGCCAUCAUGCUUCCAAAGUGGUGGUGGUGAGUUUUAAUUGUCAACUUAACACUGUCUUGAAUUACGAGAGAGAGAGAGAGAGAGAGAGAGAGAGAGAGAGAGAGAGAGAGAG